GAUCCAAAUUCUGACGACUGUCUUCAGUGUGGCGAGGAACAACAGGUUGGCACCUUGAUCAUGGCUGGUAUGGGUAUGAUGGGUACCUUUGGAGCUUUCUUCUUAUCACUGCUAUAUUUGAAGAUGCUUUCAGAUCCCAUCUUCAAAGGCCAGAUCAAACUCUACGUGGCGCGAAGAAUUGUGGACCGAAUCAAAGCACUGGCAGGCGUUGGUGGAGGAGGAGCACAGCAAAAAAAUCCUCUGGUAAAGCUGGCGGGCAAACUUCGAUUCAAGCGGGUGACUCUAGUCAUUCGAAAGCGGGAUGUUUCCGGCUAUUGGCACUACUUCAAGAACCGGGACCUGGGCUUCGUCUUCCGGGUGGAUCGAGAUCACGCGGUGCAUGUUGCUGGUGUGCGGCCUGGGUCACCUGCUUCCCGGAUGGGGAUUUCUCAUUCCUGGCGUCUGCUAGUUAUCAAUGGGAAGCACGUCAAAGCUGACACUGAGCAGGACGUCCAGGACCAGUUGGCCAACACGAAACUUCCGAUCUACUGUUUGUUCAGGGCCCCGCGGACAGAGAAGGAUGAUGAAGAAGCGGAAAUUGACAGCUCUGAUGCGAAGGAGCUCAGUGCCUCCGGGAUGCGGCUGAUCACAAUGUCUUUGGGAAUUAUGCAGUCUUUCAAUGGCAUCCAAAGGAUUGAUAUCGAGUGGCCUGAACUCUUCACCAAAGUCAUGGAGAUCCUCGCCAACUUCACCUUCAACUUCAAUUUUUUUCAGCCUGAUUGCAGUGUGUCUAGCCCCUACUGGUAUACUUGGCUUGGGUUCACAGUUGCGCCGUAUGCGAUGAUGGCCCCAAUUACCUUCUCAUAUCUGGUUGUCCGAUGGCUGUCCUUCCGAGAAAGCCGUGGAGAUCCACAAUACAGAGAUGUGCAGAGCUGGUUAUUGCUGAACGCUUGGGGAAGAGCCAUGCUGACGAUCCUGUUGCUCUUCAUCCAGAUGCACAUGACGAAGCUGAGCUCACCGUUCCAGUGCUACACUCUCAAAGAUGGAUCGGCAGUGAUGGUCGACUCCCAGGACAUCUACUGUGAUUUGGCUGAUGACCAGUACUUCUUGAUCUUCACAGUCGCCUGUGUUUUUUGGGUUAUCUUCGCGGCUGGCUUUGCAACUUUGAACGUCUGCUUGUACUGGAGCUACCACUGGCAAGCAGGUACAAAGACACGAGAUCGCAUUCCAAUCUAUGUGGCAGCUGUAGAGAUGAGCGUGGAGAACAUGAGGGGAUGGGUAGAAGUAGUCCGACUACGAGUGCUUAGCAACAUUGUCGCAGUGCGCACCUAUCCAUCUGUCAAGGACCAGGAGGCACAAGAAAGGCGAGCAUUCAUGGAGGCCAAAAUGAAGCAACGUGGUGUGGCAGUGGUACCGGAGACAAAGGCAGGAAGGGAACUUGACAAAGAACUUGCUGACAUGCGAAAGCGGAAAGCGACACUCGAGGAUGAAGUCAACCUGCGAGAGAUCAAGAUGAAGUGGAAGAACAAGGAAAAAUUCACCGAGAAACAAGCGUGGCCAGAUCGUUUGGACGGCAGCUAUGUUACCUAUGGUUGGGUACUGAUUUUUAGCACCUUUUUUCGACAGUUCGCUUUGAUGCUAUCAGCUUUAGUGUCUAACGACUUCCCUCCCUUCGGUGCUGCGUCUCAAUCCUUGGUCUUCAUGAUCAACUUCGGCGCAUUAAUUCUCCUUUUCCCAUACAAUGCCAGGCUGUUGAACAUUGAGGACUUUUCGCAUCUUUUCGCCAUGAUGUGCCAUGUGAUCCAUGUGUUCGCUCAGCUCGACUGGCUCAAUUCAUCAGCUUUGAUUUUUGCGUUAUCAUGGACCUUAAGUUGA